AUGAAGAUUGCUUUGGGCAGACAAUUGCUGCUCCCUUCCUCACUCGAUGAUGCUGUUGCUCAUAUUAGAGUUGGGUCUUACUAUGAAAUUGAUCAUUCCAAGCUUCCCACUAAAACCCCAGAGCACCUCAAGUUAGUUCGUGUUAUCAUGGUGAGUAAGAAGUCUAAGUGCAGCGUGUCGUUAAGGUACCCAAGCAUGUAUUCUCUUCGAGCACACUUCAGCGAACGGAACCGGAGGAAAGUGGAUGCGAAGAUGUUACCCACAUUAGAUGAACAGUACUCCAUGGAAUCGGAGAUUGCUGGAGAUGUUUUAUAUCGUAGGAUUCCACCGCAUGUGAUUGCAGUGCAAAGGAAUCGAUGGAGUUUUUGGGUAAUGGGGGUUUCUUCUCCCAAGGAACAAGAAAUAGGGAAGAACCCGAGCCCAAGCCCAGCUGUUAUUACCAGCUAUGUCAACAUGGUGAUUAAGAAAGGACUGUGCUGGUCUGAGUUGAUAUCCGCUGGGAUGCUCCGAUGGGGUCGGCGUAGGCAGGUUAGGUUUUUGGGACGCUACGUGGAGGAGAGAGGGUCAAUAGGUUUUAAAGGAGAAGAGGACGAGAAGGAAAAUGAGGAAGACAAUGAAGAAGAUAAUAAAGAGGAGGAAGAAGAGACAGCUAGUGAUGAUGAGAUCAUGGAGACAGAAGUGAAGAGCUGUAAGAGGAAGGUCCAUGGAGAAAACUACAAAACACAGACAGCAAAGAAACCGAAGCAGGAGAAUGAUAAACAAAUUACUCUUUACAAGCCAAGUAAGAGAAAAGAAGUCAAAAACUCCAUUGAAAGAUGGUCUGUUCAGAGGUAUAAUUUAGCUGAGAAAAACAUGUUGAAGAUUAUGAAGGAGAAGGGAGCAGUAUUUGGGAACCCAAUACUAAGGCCAGCAUUGAGAGCAGAAGCAAGGAAGUUGAUUGGGGACACUGGUUUGUUGGAUCAUUUGCUGAAACACAUGGCUUGGAAGGUGGCUCCUGGAGGUGAAGAAAGAUUCAUGAGGCGGCAUAAUGCCGAUGGGGCUAUGGAAUAUUGGUUGGAGAGUGCUGAUUUAAUGGACAUAAGGAAAGAGGCCGGGGUUCAGGAUCCUUAUUGGACCCCUCCUGCUGGUUGGAAGCUUGGUGAUAACCCUACCCAGGAUCCAGUUUGUGCUAGAGAGCUGCAGGAGCUUAGGGAAGAGAUAGCUAAGCUAAGAAGGGAUAUGCUGGAGGCCAAAAAGACUGAUGAAAAUCUAGCUCUUGUUAUCACCCCAAAUGUUUCUGUUGCUAGCCAAAACAUGGUUCAUGAUGCUACUACUAUGUUACUUCCAUUGAAGGAAAAGUACAUGGACUUGAUGAAAUGGAAAGCUAAUCUUGAGGGGCAGCUCGGGGAGAUCUCAAAAUCUUUAUGUGGAGUGGAGGAAGAGAUGGGGAAGCUAAGAUCAAAAGUGGAAGCUGCAAAUGCCCUAGUCAUAAUGGGAUCAACAACACCGCCAUUAAACACCGAUAGUGACAAAGUUAUGGUGGUAGUAUCAGAUGAAGAAAAAGAUGGUUACCCAGAAGAAAGGAUCCUAUCAGUUACUAGAAAAAGAAGAAACCCAGUGGCAACCACAGAAAAUAAAGCAGCAAAAAUUCGAAGGCUGAAGAGUGGGUUUAGAAUAUGCAAACCACAAGGGACCUUCCUUUGGCCAAACAUGGCUUUGUCUCGUCAAGUUGUUGCUCCCAUUGAUGACCUACUUGUGGUCCCCACUCCUCCCUCUGUCAGCUCUUCCACCACCACAGCUCCCCGUCGUAGCCCCCAACCGACUUCCACUGUCGAACCAUUGGCUGAGAGACGACAAACUGUUGCUAUCAAAUACUUACCCACAUCUCCUCCUCUGCCUCCAGAGGCAACGACUGAAACUACUCUCAUCAACCUCAAUGAGGUCCCCGGCAACCUCCAUGAUCAUGGAUAUUGCGGGUCUCACAGCUCACCUUGUCCACUCACCUACCAGAGAAGACAUCAUCAUUGGACAACCUCCACUUCCUUGCCGCGAAUGAUACAUACUAAGAAAGAGAACGAGACAAGCCAAUGGGAGGAACAGGAAAGGGGAUACUCAUCACAUUCACCUUGUUCUCCAAGAACAUGGUUGGCUCUAUCUGCUCCCAGGUCGUCAAUGAACAAGAAUCCCAGGCGAGUCUAG